CAAAAACCCCCACACCCACACCCCACCCUAAACAAAUUUCUCCCAUCAUCACCAGGCCAAAAGCCCCCAAUCACCAAUCCUCCUCUUAGGCAAUCAUCACCACAAAAUCACACGAACGAAGAAAAUGACCACCCCGGAGGAAACCCACCGCGCGACCUCCCUCCAAGAAGCCCAAGACCAAGCCCUCACGCUCUUCGCCGCCAUCGAACCCCUCAUCGUGCCCGGCAUCACCGAAAAGGCCCUGAGCGACAGCAUCCACCGCCUCGGCGCGGAGCACCACAACGUGCGCACCCACUGGCACAAGCGCCUCGUGCGCAGCGGGCCCAACACCCUGCGCCCCUUCGCCGACAACCCGCCGGACCGGACCCUUCUCGCCGACGACAUCCUCGUCAUCGACCUAGGCCCGGUGUUCGAAGAGUGGGAGGCGGAUUUCGGCCGCACCUACGUUCUCGGCCAUGAUCCCGCCAAGCUGGCGCUCCGCGAUGCACUAGAGGGGAUCUGGGUCGCCGUGAAGGAGGAGUUCGAUCGGCGGCCGGAGAUCACCGGGGCGGAGUUGUAUGCGAUCGCAGAGCAGAAGGUCAAGGAGGCCGGGGAACGGGAGGGGUGGGGGUGGGUGUUUGGGGCGGAGAUCGCGGGUCAUAUCGUCGGCAGCUUUCCGCAUGAGCGCAUCCCGAAUGAUCGCAUCAGUCUGUAUAUUACCCCGGGCAAUGGGGAGAGGAUGCGGGGGAAGGGAAAGGGGGGGUGGGAGAGGCAUUGGAUCUUGGAGAUUCAUGUGCAUGAUAAGGAGCGCGGGUUUGGGGGGUUUUGUGAGCGGUUGUUGACCGUUGGCUGAACUUGGUUGGUGGAAUUUGUGUUGUGCUUGGGCGGUUGGUAUGUUAUAGAUAAAAUGGAUGAAUG